AUGGCCGUGCAAAGUCUACUAGAUCCUAACCGAGAUAAUGUCACUCUAAUGGACAAUUGUUCUCAUCCCCCGGAACCGUCGAUAUGGUCCGAUCGGGCCGUGCAGGAGGCAUGCCUGAUGCGCUACUUCGUUGAAGAGCUGGCCCCAUGGUUCGAUUCCUGCGAUGCUGGUAAACAUUUUGCCCUGAUAAUGCCCGAUCGCGCGGUCCAGUGUCCACCCUUGCUCUACGCUGUCUACUCGGCAGCUGCACGACACCUCGGCCGCUGGCAAUCCACCGGGACCCGCCCGGUCGCCUUUGCGGGGAGACAUCUCCCCAAUCUUGGGGAUGGAAUGGCCCUCAAUUACCAGUCUCUCUGCAUUUCCCAUUUGAUGUCGGCAGAUGACACGGAAAUUCAUAACGUGGACCUCCUGGCCGCGUCCGUCAUCCUGCGUUUCUACGAAGAAUUCGACGCGGCACUGGCUGGUGUUGACGGGAAAACCCAUCUGCGUGGCACCCAAGUGUUCCUCAUCGCUCAAGGUCACUCUGCAUUGCGCUAUGGCGGACUCCAACUAGCGGCUUUUUGGGUUGGCAUCCGACAGGAAUUUCACAAGGCCUUCCUCGAACAGCGAGUCGCUGAGCUCGACCUGAGUUGUUGUGAUGCGUCUGUCUAUCGACGGUUGGAUUCCGCAGACGAUCCCACCUGGGCGAACCGAGUGGUCCUGCACUGUGUCGAUGUGCUCCGGUAUUGCUAUGGUGAGGAAGGUCAGACUCGGUGGCAAUAUGAGGAACUGUGUGCCUACAACCAGCAAUGGCAAGCUCUGACUCCGCCUACCUUCGAUCCCUUGUAUUGUCGACCUCCCAACACUGUCAAAGGGGAGAUAUUUCCCGUUCUGUGGUAUUUGGAUGACUGCAUCGUCACGGGUAUUCAACAUUGGCACCUUGCACGUCUUCUCCUGGCCGUAUUCGACCCUACAGUGCCCCGCCUUGGGCCUGGUCGUAAGGCAGCCAUCGCGCGAAGAGAGGCCGAGGUCAAGCACCAUGUGUUCAGUCUUUGUGGGAUAGCCAUCUCGAACAGAACCGCACCAGCACUCGUUUCCGCCUGCAUGGGAGUAUCCAUGUGUGGCGAUCGCAUGACCGAUAGACGGGAGCAAGAGGCCCUGUUGGACAUCUUGCUCAAGACCGAGCAGAUCCAUGGACUAACUACCACCCAUGCACAGAAUUGUCUCCGGGCGGCCUGGGAAUGGGAUAGUACAGUCUCGCAAGUGCCAUCCUUUGAUCCUAACAUCUGA